CUCGUGCCGGCGUUCUUCUUGUUGGUCCUGCCGUUCCUGGGCGCGCCGCCAAAAGUCUACCGACGGCCGGAGAGAAAACGAUACAUUGUCUGCCGGCAUGCUCAACUUGUCAAGGAACCGCUUUCUUUACGGUAGGCUAGACUGAUGGUCCGACCGACGGCGGGAAGAGACACAUCGGCUUCGCUCUGACCGCCCUCGCUCGGAUGGACAUGGCCGAUGAUGCCUCUACUCCCAAUCUUGGACGGCGGAGCUCACGCUCUGCUUGUGUCCUCCCGGCAAGCCGCCGAUGUCAGCAGCACGCAGCCCACAGUCCGCAUGCUGCUGAUCCUCUCGCUCACCACCGCGUCUGUCAGCGUCCUGGCGACGCUGUCGGCUCUGUACUGGUUCGUCAAGAUGCGGCGGAGUUUCAGGCACGAGUUAAUCUUGCUGUUGAUCCAAAGCGACUGUCUUAGGUCCCUGGUCUUCGUGGUUUUCCCCAUCGUCAGCUUCGCCUUGGGCCGCGUUCGCUCCGACUCGGCCUUUUGCCAGCUCAGCGGGUUUGCACUCGCCCUCGCCAUCGAGUCGUCCGACAUUGCCGUCCUGCUGAUCGCCGUGCAUUCCGCCAUGUACAUCUUCCGUCCGCGGGCUGGGUUGUACCCGUAUCGGCAGUUCGCGUAUUUUGCCUUCUAUCUAUUCCCCGUCGUGGCUGCGUCUCUGGCGUUCAUCAACGGCAACGGAUACGAGAAUAUGGGCCACUUCUGCUACCUGCGGACGGACAGGCGUUGGGCCCUGUUCGCGCUCAGUUGGGCACCGCGGUACAUCGUAUGCGCGAGCAUCGCGGUUAUUUAUGUCUUCAUUUACUUGUACAUUCGGAGGCGGAUGGGGGACUACGGACGACGACGCUCGGAAGCAAUGCACCGGUCACAGCGGCGUAAGGGGUCCAACCGCGAUGCCCUGCAAACUCGCCUCCGCAACUACGGCCUGAUCUCUUCGGCAUCAAGUUCUCGACGGACGUCUGCGGCCGACACGGUGUGGGCCGCGAAAGACCGGCAGAGGUCGUCAUCCUCGAUCCCUUCGGCCCGGCUGGGAAGCGCAAGGACGAGCGUGGAGGUUGCCCAGCCAAGAAGAAGCUCCGUCCAGUGGAACUGGACGGCUUUCAACCAGGCCCAGACCGCAGCGGGUAGUCGCGCCCCGUUGGAGGACACGGCGGACCCGAUCUCGCCAGGUUCGCCUCUUCUCCUUUCUCCGCCUGCGACGUACUCUCGCCGGCCGAGCCAAGUCACCAUCGUCGACGAACAAGCCGAGUCGCCCCGGGUCCAAACCCGGGGCUCGGUUCACCAGCUCCGGCAACCGUCCAGCCGGCUCAGCCAUCCAACCGACCCCGAACCCGCCAACGCCGAACACGAAUCGGAGCGAACCCUCCUCCACUUCCCCUCCCGCCUCCGCCUCUUCCCCAAGAAACGCGCCUCCUCGUCAACCCAAUCACGCACCCACCCCACAGAAGCCGACAGCUACCCCAUGCUCCCCUUCCCCAGCAUCACCGUCACCGCCACCACCACCACCUCCUCCUCCCUAUCCUCCUCCUCCUCCGAAGAAGACAGCCCAACCAAGCAGCGCGAGCGCGCCCUGCGCCACCAGCUCCGCGCCCUGCUGGUCUACCCACUCGUCUACGCCGUGGUCUGGCUCUUCCCCUUCGUCUCGCACGUGCUAGGCUACGACGACAACGACCGCGCCGCCUCGCCGCCCUGGCUGCUCGUCGUCAGCAUGCUCAGCCUGUGCGGCCAGGGCGCCGCCGACUGCGCGCUGUUCAUGCUGCGCGAGACCCCCUGGCGCUUCGCCCACGGCCGCGCCUUCCUCGUCGCGCUGCGCAAGCGCUGCGUGUGGAGCCUCGCCGGACGCUGGAGGUGGUGGGGCCGCGAGGGCGGCGCCGGCGUCGGCAGGUCCAAAGAGGAGAUGCUCGUUGAUGGCCGGCUGGCGAGGGAGAGGAGGCAGGUGGAGGUCGCGGUCGAGAGGGGACGGGCGGAGCGGUCGGCGGGCGAGGGGCGGGUUGCUGUGAAGGAGUGGUGGGAGGCGUGGGAUGGUCUUGGGGAUGAGGGCCCGGUUGGGAACGGCGUUGUGGAGGGCGAGGGCCGUGAGGAUGGGCCGGUUGAUGAGGAGGGUCAUGUCGCGGUUCGGCAGGAGGUGGGCUGAGCGUUCGUGUGGUU